AUGACUGGGCUUGCCUCUGUACUGCCAUCUCCACCGCAGCCCGCCCUACUUAACCCGCCGCCUUUUGCUCCCGACACGACCAUGAUCCUUGACCCCAACACCUCUCAAAUGGCUUCGAGCAACCAGAACAUGCAAGCACCGCCUUCGUAUGACGCUGCUAUGCGGGAAGCCUCCUCCGGGCCUUUCGUCCCCGAGGGCACCAGCAAAGCGGACAAUGUCAAAGUCCCCCCACAGCCGUCCACUACUCCUCCCGCAGGGCCUGCCCCCCGCAUGCCCUCCAUGCCCUCAACGACCGUGUACAACUACGUGAACCCGAUCACGCACGAGCACAUCGUGUCCCUUCUUCCACCGGACCACCCGCAGAUGAUCUGCCUGCAGCAGGGCGGACAUGUACCGCGUGUCCAGUUCGGUAUCCUUGGGAUCCUCGCUGCUAUCUUCUGGUUCCCACUAGGAGUUGGCUGUUGUUUGCUGGACCGCAAGGUGCAGUGCGCACGCUGCGGAGCCCUCUUAGACGAGGGUCUAUGCGCAUAA